GUAGGUGGGUGUGGGGCUGGGGUACCCAAACGUGCCCUCGUGCGACGUGCCGUCUUGCAGAGCCGCCACACGCUCAGCCAGGCCGGAUCGGAGCGGCCCCCAUCAUGGGCUGGGGAGCCGGCGGGAGUUGCACCCCGCGCCCGCCCAUCCACCAGCAGCCGGCACCCGAAACCCGAGUGGUCGCUGUGGUGUUCCUCGGCCUCCUGCUGGACCUCCUGGCCUUCACCUUGCUGCUGCCCCUGCUGCCUGCGCUGCUGGAGAGCCACGGCCGUGCGCAGGAUCCUCUUUAUGGCUCGUGGCAGCGCGGGGUGGACUGGUUUGCUUCAGCCAUUGGGAUGCCAGCCGAGAAGAGGUACAACAGCGUCCUGUUCGGAGGUCUGAUUGGUUCCAUCUUCUGCUUCCUGCAGUUCCUGUCAGCGCCCCUCACGGGGGCCAUCUCUGACUGCCUGGGGAGGCGCCCCGUGAUGCUGCUGUCCCUGGCAGGCCUGGCCACCUCGUAUGCCGUGUGGGCCAAUUCGAAGAGCUUUGCGGCCUUCCUGGCCUCCAGGAUGAUUGGGGGCAUCAGCAAGGGGAACGUCAGCCUCUCCACCGCCAUUGUCGCCGACCUGGGCUCGUCUCCUGCCCGCAGCAGGGGCAUGGCAGUCAUCGGGGUGGCCUUCUCUUUGGCCUUCACACUGGGCCCCAUGCUCGGCGCCUCCCUGCCCGUGGAGACGGCGCCCUGGUUGGCCCUGCUCUUCGCGGUCUCCGAUCUGCUGUUCAUCUGCUGCUUCUUGCCAGAGACGCUGCCCCCAGAGAAGCGGGCACCGUCCAUCACGCUGGGCUUCCGAGCUGCUGUUGACCUGCUCAGCCCUCUGGCCCUGCUCUGCUUCUCAGCCGUGGCACGUGGCCCGGACCCGCCCACCGGAGUCAGGCUGGGCAGCCUGCGCCUGCUGGGCCUGGUCUACUUCCUCUAUCUUUUCCUGUUCUCGGGCCUGGAGUUCACGCUGAGCUUCCUCGUGCACCAGCGCUUCCAGUUCAGCAGCCUAGAGCAGGGAAAGAUGUUUUUCUUCAUCGGCCUCACGAUGGCCACCAUCCAGGGCGCCUACGCCCGGCGGAUCAGCCCUGGCGGGGAGAUCGCAGCUGUGAAGCGGGCCAUCCUGCUGCUCGUCCCCGCCUUCCUUCUCAUCGGUUGGGGGCACACGCUGCCCGUGCUGGGCCUGGGGCUGCUGCUCUACUCCUUCGCCGCUGCCAUCGUGGUGCCCUGCCUGUCCUCUGUGGUCGCCAGCUAUGGCUCUCCCGGGCAGAAGGGUGUGGUCAUGGGCACGCUGCGAAGCUUGGGCGCCCUGGCCAGGGCUCUGGGGCCCAUGGUGGCCGCCUCAGCGUACUGGCUGGCCGGGGCGCAGGGCUGCUACACCGUGUGCGCGGGGCUCUUCCUGCUCCCCUUCUCCCUCCUGCGGAAGCUGAGACCGGCAGCAACGCUCAAGGCCGAGUAGCUGAGCCACGCCUACCCCAGAGCGGGGCAGCCAACGCAGGGAGUGGGAGGCCUGGGCCAGGACGGCUCCCCACUGCCCGCCUGACCCCUCCCUCCCCGCCCCCCAGCCUGGGGCGGCCCAGGACUCGCACUUGUGCCUGUGACACUCCUGUGUGGACCUGCCUGCUGGGAUCAGACUCCGAAACCUUCCAGGCUUUCUGUUCACUUGUCUUUUAUACUUAGUGACACACAGCGUUCAGCCAGGCCUCUGAAUGACCAAAUAAAGCAGCUGUUUUAUACCCAG